UCAAAAGAAAAAAGUUCGUCACGAUCACUCAUGGGCAUUUUUGCAACACAAAAUUGUCUGUCAUGCGUAAAAAUGCAUCACAGCAACACUUCAUAAGGGAUUUCCCUAGUGUUUCUGCAAUACAAGGAGAAGUUGUGAUGCUAAAAAAAUUUGUAAUGCAAAACCUGCAACUACUUAGUGACUGUGACAAACUUUUUUCUCUCCAUAGUGGGUGUCUGCGGACGGCACCACGGUCGAGCCAAGUCCGUUUUGGUGGUAUCAAACGGAAAAAUCCCCCCUCCCCAUAUCGAAAUGGAAAUCUGUGAUGCAGGAUUUGAGGUACCAAAUCGACUUGUCAUGCUAGAAGGCCAAGAGCCGCAGUCGUGGUCUCGUUUGCAGGCAAUUUGUCAUGCUGUUUCCCACUCUCAGCUGCCUCCUAUCAUGCUGAAGAUGCAAGGCUCCCCCACGCCACCCAGCACUACAGUCCGCAUCUUUUCCCGUGUAGCAUGACAAAGCUGAUUUGUGACAACAAAUCUGCAUCACAGAUUUCAGUUUUGAUAUGGGGAGGGGGGAUUUUU